GUCCCCCUAGAUGCAUGAUGGGUAGAUGAGCAACGUUUGCUGCAGUUCACUGGGUAGGCAGGUCGACUGAUCUAUCCAGCACACAUCUAGGUGGACACGGCCACUUGUGAUGUCAGAAGAGGCCGAUUUGAACACGUAGACGUAGAUUUGAACACAUAGUUUUAUUACAUUCAUUAUCCUGCAAAUGCAAGGGCUUUUAUCAGUGGGACAAAGGCUCAAUGACCAUUGUGUAACCUUAUUCAUCGCUAGAUACUGACUCAUCUAUUAACAGGAAUACCUUUUAGAUGUUCACUUUAAUUCUCAAUAGGUUAGGUCAUAACAGCAUAAUUGUUGUGCGGAUAUAGGGUUAGAUGUAGCAAAUAAAAUCUCACUGCCAGUGGGUUUUGAUACUUUUGAUACUUGUGAACCGUGAUACUGUUAUUUAUAGGCUGUGGCCUACAAAUAAUUUAUUUUCCUUUGACCGUCUUUCUUCAUGGAUACAGUAUGUUCCCAAUGUCCUCUUUCAAAGAUAACAAACAAAAAGAUUAAACAUUGAUGGACUCGAUUAUUUAAAACAAUCCUGUGAGUAACGUCUCCGGGCAGAGGUUUUCAUUCAGGGCACCAUGGCGGACUUCGGAGAGAUGCUGAGAGCUGCCGGAGACUUUGGAUUAUUUCAGAAGAUUCUACUCAUAGCCACAUGGUUUCCCUUCCUUUUACUAUCGUUUAUCUAUGCAAGUGUCUUCUUCGCUGACUCUGACCCAGAGCGCCACUGUAACACGGACUGGAUCCUGGGGGCCGGUCCCAACCUGACAGAAGAGGAGCAGCUGAACCUGACCGUUCCCCGGGAGCCAGACGGCUCCCUCAGCCGGUGUCUGAUGUACGCUCCGGUGAACUGGACCCUGGACUCCAUCCGCCUCCAUGGCCUGAACCACACCACCGCCUGCCGGGACGGAUGGGUGUAUGACCAGACCCUGUACCAGGCCACCAUAGUCACCGAUUUUGAUCUAGUUUGUGACAAGGCGAACGAGUUGGCUGUGGCCCAAACGGUGUUGGGGGCUGGCAUGCUUAUCGGUUCGAUACUGUUCGGACCUUUUGGCGAAUCGUUUGGCCGCAGACGGACCACUCAGAUUCCAGUGCUGUUCCUUUUUAUAUUCACGCUCACAGGUGGCCUUAGUCCCAACUUCUACUUAUAUCUGGCCUCCCAGUUUGGGGCAGGUAUGGGGUAUGGGGGCUUCGGGAUGAACGCCAUCGUGCUGAUGACUGAGUGGAUAGGGAUAACCAAGCGCUCCCUGGGCGCGUGUGGGGGCCAGUUCUCUGGGGCUGCCGGGCUGGCGUGUAUGUCGGGGAUCAACUACCUAACCCGUGAUUGGAGGCUGGCUCAGUUGGUCAUGGCGGUGCCGAUGGGCCUGGUUGCUGUCUACAUAUGGUUUAUACCGGAGUCGGCCCGCUGGCUGCUGGACAGGGGGAGGACAGAGGAGGCCAAAGAGUUGAUCCUCAAAGCAGCGGCCAUCAACAGACACACCGUUCCAGAAUCCCUAUUCGAAAAGAUUGCAGUGAAUAAGACUGUGGAGAAAGGGGGCAUAUCGUUCCUGAUCAGAUCACCUGUGCUUCGAAAACGCUUCCUGAUCAUAGCAUUAGCAUGGUUUGCAUCGAGCCUCACCUUUAGCUGCCUCGGGUUUAACGUGGGGAAGUUUGGGCUGGACAUCUUCCUGACCGAGCUGCUGUUCGGACUCACAGAGUUACCGGCUCAUUUGCUGUGCUUCUGGCUGUUGGAGCUCGCAGGCAGGAAGUUAUGCCUGAUGUUCAACAUCCUGGUGGGGGGUCUAGUGUGCCUCAGCAUCCUGGCUGUUCCCGCAGGAAAUGUCAUCGCUGUGACCGUGUUGGCCAUCCUGGCGCGGAUCCUUGUGACUGUGGGCAUGAGCAUAUGCAGCGUUUACGUUCAGGAGCUGUUUCCCACGCCCGUGAGACAUACUGCAGCUGGGCUAGGGGGCGUAGCAGCUAGAUUGGGGGGGCUGUUGGCUCCCUCAGUCAACCUGCUGGCGCUAUACCACUGGUCCAUACCCGUCUCAGUGUUCAGCAGCCUCACCCUGCUGGGUGGAGCCCUCAUCUUCCUGCUCCCAGAGACGUGCGGGAGAGAGCUGGCAGACUCCAUCGAACAGGCUGAGGUCCAGAGGUGCAGACAAACUGGAUUUCCACCACCCCCCACCCCCCUCGGGAAAUCUACCGUAACCAGUAUUGGCCUGUAAGGUGCCAGUGGGUACUUCCAAAAGGAAGUCAUGGUCUUCAACAGCAGCGAGUGGCAAAGUGUGCAUUGAUCUAACAAGUUCCUUGAUAGAUACCUCAAUUCCUAAAUACUUCCUAAUUGUAAGACGCUUUGAAUAAAAGUGUCUGCUAAAUGCCCUGAAGGUAACUGUAAAAUACGUAAGGAAUAAUCACCGAGAGGCCGGGCAAUAAACAGUUUGAUAUGCCCGGCUCGUGGACGGCGUAACCUUCCGUUACCGCCGUUCCGUUACCGCCUACGUUAUUCUACGUUAUUCUACGUUAUUCACGUACAAUAACCUUCCGUUAUUCUACGUGAAUAACGUAGCUGCUACAUUCGUAUCAAGUCAGCUUUAAUGACGAUCGAUCAAACAUGCACUCCUUGGUUUAUUUUUACUAUGGACCUCAUGUUGGAAAUGUAUGUGAUAGAAAACGAUGCAAGCGGCGUAUUGAUCUACUGUGCUCAGUCAGCAGCAAGUAGAACCGACAAGUCAGCGGGCGAUAUGCCGGAUUAAUGCACCCCUCCCAGCCAAUCAGAAUCGAGCAUUCUUAAAUGAAGUAGAAUAAAUGUAGUUAUUCAGUCUUUAAAACUAUGGGUAAUAGUUAUAAUAUGAUAAUCAAUUAAAAACGUGUCCUCUCUAAUGCUGUUUGUCCUUUCUGGGUUACAGUAGAAAUAAUGCAGUGAAAAUUGGCGGUGGAGGACCCGCUCCCUCGGUAGAAAUAACGAGCUCAUUCUAGGGUAAUUAAAAGAACUAUGAUUCCUAAAUUGAACGGAUAUAGACUAAAUAAGACAUACUUAUGAAUAUCAUAUUCCAUUUCUUCCCUGUCUGUUCCAUGAGAUGCCACUCAAUUAUACACACUGCACCUUCAAUGUAAAGUUCUAAAACAAAAAGAUAAAGUUGCUCUAACAAAGUUGAUUUCCAUUGUUUCCUUGUCAUGUCAAACAAGGUACAGAAAAACAAAAAACAUUAAGAUUUCAGGGUUUACAGAGUGAUUGUUUAUUGAGAACUUCCUCUUCUAGUUACCGUUGGCAGUAAGAGAGGAUAGUGACUGAGGGUGCACUCACACUAGGCAUGUUUGCCUGUUCAGUGCUGCAGGAAGAUUCAGCACGAUUCCCCCCCUCCCCACUCCCCCCGCUGGCCCGUGGUCACACUGCUCCCAAAGGCCGUGGCCUGGGCACGAUUGCUCCUUCAUCCAUACGUCAUCCCGUGUAAUACGAUAAAUACGUCAUCAGCAAGCGUGGUGUCCAGCUGCGACUGAAGGCUGUGGUCGGCCCAAAUUUCAAGUAAACACUCGACUUCACUAUCGCACCAACGUAAACCCACUCAUGAACCGCGUGCCGCCAUUGUUUAAAAUUAUUGUUGUGGGGAAGAAGGGCAUGGACCUAUAAAGAAAGAAGGGUCGCGCAAGGACAACGUCAUCCAGCUCACGUUGCGUAUCCGCCAGUGUGCGUGGAUACAUCUCAUUAGCAUCUGUACUUUGGCCACGGCACAUCUCUCCCAAGUGAGCACUGUGCCGUGGCCAAGGGGCUGUUCCGUGCUGGAAUACGGAUGGCGUGGUCACACUAGCCAAAAGUUCUAGACUUUAGUAUGCAAAUGAGCUCGGGCACGGGGCCGCGGCCCUAGUGUGAGUGGCCCCUGAAUAUGCAUCUCUGGAGAUCAAGACCCCCCCCAGACCACACAAACCCUAAAACCAAACCCUAACCCUAAAACCAAAAACACUAGUCAGACCAUUUUAGACAUUAUUAAGACAAUAAUCUGUAUCAAUUUCUCAAAAGAUAUAUGCGUGCGGUAAUAGAUCACAGUUUUGAACAGGGGUCCCUUUAGGGAAUGCAAGUUGAUGGUGGUUAAGACCCCCCCCCCUACCCCCCAAUGAUAAAUAGGUGAACUGUACAUGAACUAUUGUACUUCAUAAAUGUGGUUAAUCGCAAUCUGUAUGUUGAUAUGUAUUUUGUAAAGUGUCUACAUAUUUUAACAUAAAUAAAAAAAGGAA